GUCCUUCCCACCCUCAGUCUCCUGUGUCUCUGAAUACUGGGAACCUAAACCAAGUCCAGGAGUCCACACUAUAGGAGCCAAGAGAGACCCUUCGAUGCUGACCUGAGAGUACACGUCUCCACUCUGGAAAAUCCUCUGUCCCUCUCUAUAAGACGAUGAACCAGAAGACCACCCUGGUGCUCCUCACUCUGGCGGUCAUCACCAUCUUUGCCUUGGUGUGUGUCUUGCUGGCUGGUAGGGGAGGAAAUGGGGGUGAACCCAGUCUGCCUCCCCACUGCCCCUCUAUAUCUCCCAGUGCCCAGCACUGGACACACCCUGGCCAGAGCCAGCUGUUUGCAGACCUGAGCCGAGAGGAGCUGACGGCUGUGAUGAGCUUUCUGACCCAGCAGCUGGGGCCAGGCCUGGUGGAUGCAGCCCAGGCCCGCCCAUCAGACAACUGCGUCUUCUCAGUGGAGCUACAGCUGCCUCCCAAGGCUGCAGCCCUGGCCCAUCUGGACAGGGGGAGCCCCCCACCUGCCCGGGAGGCACUGGCCAUCGUCUUCUUUGGUGGACAACCCCAGCCCAACGUGACUGAGCUGGUGGUGGGACCGCUGCCCCACCCCUCCUACAUGCGAGAUGUGACCGUGGAGCGUCACGGGGGCCCCCUGCCCUAUCACCGACGCCCCGUGCUGAUCCGAGAGUACCUGGACAUAGACCAGAUGAUCUUCGACAGAGAGCUGCCCCAGGCUGCUGGUCUCCUCCACCACUGCUGCUUCUACAAGCACCAGGGAAGGAACCUAGUGACGAUGACCACGGCACCCCGGGGUGUGCAAUCAGGGGACCGGGCCACCUGGUUUGGUCUCUACUACAACAUCUCAGGGGCUGGGUUUUUCCUGCACCCUGUAGGGUUGGAGCUGCUGGUGGACCACAAGGCUCUGGACCCUGCCCACUGGACCAUCCAGAAGGUGUUCUUCCAAGGCCGCUACUAUAAGAGUCUGGCUCAGCUGGAGGAUGAGUUUGAGGCCGGCCUGGUGAAUGUGGUGCUGAUCCCAGACAAUGGCACAGGUGCGUCCUGGUCCCUGAAGUCCCAGGUGCCCCCGGGUCCGGCUCCCCCUCUGCAGUUCCAUCCUCAGGGCCCCCGCUUCAGUGUCCAGGGACGUCGAGUGGCCUCCUCAUUGUGGACUUUCUCUUUUGGCCUUGGAGCUUUCAGUGGCCCGAGGAUCUUUGACAUCCGCUUCCAGGGAGAACGGCUAGCUUAUGAGAUCAGCCUCCAAGAGGCUUUGGCCAUCUAUGGUGGAAACUCCCCCACAGCAAUGCUGACCCGCUAUAUUGAUGGCGGUUUUGGCAUGGGCAAGUACUCCACGCCCCUGACCCGUGGGGUGGACUGCCCCUACCUGGCCACCUAUGUGGACUGGCACUUCCUUUUGGAGUCCCAAGACCCCAAGACAAUACGAGAUGCCUUCUGUGUGUUUGAACAGAACCAGGACAUCCCCCUGAGGCGACACCACUCAGAUUUCUACUCCUAUUAUUUUGGGGGCCUUACAGAGACAGUGCUGGUCAUCAGAUCUGUGUCUACCAUGCUCAACUAUGACUAUGUGUGGGAUAUGGUCUUCUACUCCAAUGGAGCCAUAGAAGUCAAAUUCCAUGCCACGGGAUACAUCAGCUCAACGUUCCUCUUUGGUGCUGCCCGAAAUUAUGGGAACCAAGUUGGGGAGCACACACUGGGCACUGCCCACACCCACAGUGCCCACUUCAAGGUGGAUCUGGAUGUAGGAGGACUGAAGAACUGGGUCUGGGCUGAGGACAUGGUCUUUGUCCCCAUGGCGGUACCCUGGAGCCCUGAGCACCAGAUGCAGAGGCUGCAGGUGACCCGGAAGCUGCUAGAGACUGAGGAGCAGGCCGCCUUCCCCCUGGGAAGUGCCUCCCCUCGCUACCUGUACCUGGCCAGCAACCAGAGCAACAAGUGGGGUCACCCACGGGGCUACCGCAUCCAGACUCUCAGUUUUGCUGGCGAGCCGCUGCCGCAGAACAGCUCCAUGGAGAGAGCCUUCAGCUGGGGGAGGUACCAACUGGCUGUGACCCAGCGGAAGGAGGAGGAGCCCAGCAGCACCAGCAUCUUCAAUCAGAAUGACCCUUGGGCCCCUACGGUGGACUUCACUGACUUCAUCAACAACGAGACCAUUGUUGGAGAGGAUUUGGUGGCCUGGGUGACAGCUGGUUUCCUGCACAUCCCACAUGCAGAAGACAUUCCCAACACAGUGACUGUGGGGAAUGGUGUGGGCUUCUUCCUCCGACCCUACAACUUCUUUGACCAGGACGCUACCUCCAAUUCUGCUGACUCCAUCUAUUUCCGGGAAGACCAGGAUGCUGGGGCCUGUGAGGUCAACCCCCUGGCUUGCCUCCCCAAGGCUGCUAACUGUGCCCCUGAGCUCCCUGCCUUCUCUCAUGGGGGCUUUUCUCACAACUAGGUGGUCCCUGGGAUGGGGAAUGUGUACAGCGGCCCCAGGGCCAGGGUGUGUAGAGUGGUAGAGCAGUGGGCACUGGGUUGGGUAGGCCGGUGCCCUCUUCUUCUUCCUCACAUCCCUGAGAUUCCUUCCUCCUUCUCCCCCAAGGUCGCCUCCUGCCAUCAUCCUCCCUUGCUUCCCCUCUCUACUGGAAGCAUCCUGAGCCUGUGGUGCUGGAGCUGGGGGGACACAGGGGAAACCCAGCUUUGUUGCCUCCAGACCUGCUGGGUUUCUGUCCCAGAAAGGAGAGGAAUGGCCAGCUAGACGCUGAAAGUGAUAGUCAAGUGUUUCACUAGAAGACUCCCUUUUUUUCUUUCUGGCUUUUCCAAAUAUGUUUAGGCUGUUUCCCUGUUCCUCUUGCCCUCCCCAGUGCCUGCCUUGGGAGAUGAAGAUAAGUCUCUGCACUGGAGAUAGUCCCCCAGAGGCCCAGGGCAGGGUUCCUGCCAGGCCUGUGCGUACAUGGAUGAGCAGAAAGGGGCUUCUUGACCCAUAUUCCCUCUUAUCCAAGUCCUCCUCCUUCUUUCCCUCUUCCAUUUGCCUACCACCUCCUCCUGUUUCUACUCUUCCUUAUACUGUGGGAUUCCCUUCCAGCUCUCAUUUCUCAACUUCAGCCUCCUCUCCUGGCCUUAGGCCUGUGGAAGUCUCAAAAGGGACAUCUAGUUUGAGAGGACAAUCCCUGUCUGUCUCCCUGUGUCUGUCAUAUAUGGGGAGUUGGAGUUGCCCCCACCCCAGUCCUGGGCAGGGUGUGUUCUCUCCACCAAUUUGUAUACCCCUGCCUGGCACUCUCAGCAGAGGAUGGUCAUAGAGACAGCAGCUGCUCAAGAUAACGUCUUAGGUGGUUUUGUGGUUGCUGCGGUAAUGAGGAGUGGUCAUUUUGUGCCAGGGCUGUUUAUGACCAGUGACCUCUGUUUUCUGCAGCAGCCAACCCAGGAUAACAAGCAGAAAUACCUAGGAACUCCAGAGACCAGCUGGGCCAGGACUGUCCAAUCACAUGUGGGCAUGCAAAUGAGCUAGGGCUUUGUCCCUAGGAAGUCUGGAUUGGGGCAGAUAUACAGACAGCAAGAGUUUGGAAAGGAUGAAAACAUCCUUCCCUAGAGGAUAAGUAAAUUCUCAUACAGCCCUACAAUGCAAUAUUACACAGCUAUAAAUUUAAUUAUAUCUCUCUGUGUACUAACAGGGAAUAAUCUUCCAAUGAAAAGAUGAGGUGCAGAAAUGUGUGUGGUUUAGAAGGGAGAAAAAUAUAAAUAUAGAUUUUCUUAUAAAUGCAUAUUCAGAAGAAAUGGGUAACACUGGUUGCCUCUG